AUGAAACUCUUUCUCGCCGUGGCACCAUUUAGCACUCUUGGAUUGACAACAGACCUGGACCCGAAACAUAGACACGACAACUUUGACCAGGACCUUCCGAUAAUCCCUGGUCGGCCAAGGAGAUUCGAAUCCCACAAAAGCGACUUUGGUGCGUUUUCAAUUACCUCUGGACCAUGGAGUUCUUUGUUUCUUUUCUUUUCUUUUUUUUUUCUUGCUUUGCUCAUUUCAUUGUUUGAUGACGAGUAG